ACUCUUGCAAGCUUAGCAUAAUAUGUCAUAAAAAUGGAAGAUAAGCCGUCAUUUCUUCGUCCAGUCGGGAUCUCAUAUAUUGCGGAAGAUCUUGCCGAUGACAGAGAAGCUUACGUUUCUACUAAUGCUGUACAUAGUCUACAAUCAGCCUUCCACAUUGCGGAAAAUAUUUUCAAAGAGGAAGUCCCGACCUCAAAUGAAAAUAUCAUGAAUACUUCUCUGGACUCGGAUACACAUGAUGGAAGUAGAGACGGCAGCAAAGAGGAUAUCACUUCACCCAAUCAGGAGCCAAAUACACAAGAUGGCACUAAAGAGAUUAAUUCAGAACGAACUGUGGAUGUAGACACACUCGAACUUCUAUCCUCAGUAGAAAAAGGGAGACAUUCAAUUUCUCCAGACAAAGUUGAGAAAACUGAAGCCAGUCAGUCAAUCACACACGAUAGCAGUAAAGAGAAUGCUAAUUCAGAGAGCACGCUAGACAUUAUAAAUCUAGAGACGGAAGAAAAUGAGAUUCAGCAACGGCAUCUACCUGGAAAUGAAGCGUCUGAGGACUGCAACGCUGACAUAAAUGAAGAAUUGAAUACUCAUGAUGGCAGUAGAGAGAGCACUGAUUUAGAAAAUAAAAAUACGCUUGAUAUGUUGGAUUCCGCAACUCGGGAGAAUUACUCACAUGUAAGCGAAACUAAUUCCUUUUCAAAUCAUAAUGGUCAAGUCGAUUCUACUAAAAAUCAAACAUUUUAUUCGCACGAUCGUGAAAGAAGAGAGAACUCUGAAUCAGAGUGUGAGAUGGACACGCAAGAUUUAAUCUCAAAUUUUGCAGAAGAAAAAUAUUUGCAGCAGACUUCUUUGGCACAGGAUUAUGAAAAUGACCAGUGUUCUGAUGUAACUUCGAUUUCAAAUAACGAAGACACGGACCCAUUUGCGUUUUUAGCAAGAUUUGAAUUGAGAAGUGGCUCUGAUAUCCCAAUAGAACAAUGCGAUUUUGGUAAUAUAAAUCUACAAUUACAAGCAGAGACGCUACCUCUCUUGCCAAGAUGGCUGUCAAAUAAAAAUAUAAAAGGGCCGACACUCAUUGAUACCAUAGAAUACGUUCAAACUGUGCUUCCGGAAGUUCAUUUCGAGCUCUGUGAUGUAAUUCCCAGAAAAAGGAACAAAGAAAUGAAAAUUUUUUUGGGAGGAGCAAAUAAAAAACAGACAAAGUUGUUCAGUGGUAGGAGAAAUGGAAAAAGAUGAAAUUCUAAUCAGCUAUCACUGCAGCGUGGCUGGGCGGAAUCUUAUUGCUUUAAAAUAUGAAUGCAACUGCUGCUUGCUUCUUGGUUUCCUGUGGUACCAUCUUGCAUUCAGUACUAUCCAGUUAUUGCUCAUUUGCUGUUUUAGGUUUAUGUUAGGUGUGUGCAAUAUUUAUUGUCAGUGGGCCAUAUAACCCAAUUCUGAAAUCUAGCUGUGCCCCACAAAAAAUUCAGCGAGAAAGGCAAGAGAAGAAAAUGCGGCUAUUGCUUAGCUUGCACUAAUAAAGGCACCAGGUAAAACGGCGUAAGAUUUACCACAGCAACAAGAACAAAAAAACAUUAUGUAUGUUUACCCAUGUGAGCGCCUGAGCAUCUUUUCAAACAUAAACCUGUCAUAUUAAGAUUUUACGCUUUAUAAUGGGCUCAUUCACACUGUUGUAACAUGACUGGCAGCAUCAGCACUGCUGUCUAGUCAUGGCUAAAUGUACUUUCACUCAAUGUUUACUCUAUUUUUGCUUGCCAUAUUUCUGAUCAUCAUUUAUUCUUCAAUUUUAAAAAAAUUUAUGAAGCAUGACCAGUCAGGAUAUUCUUACCCCAACAUAGGUUUGUCAAUUCUGUCGGGUAAACACAUCAGUGAUCAUGAAUUUUUAAAACCUUUUUUUUCUCAAAUGUCUUUCAAGAAUUUUCUUAUCCUAACAUGGGUUCAUCAAUUAUUGAACCCUGGGUGAAAUGGUGGGUUUUGAAAUUUGAACCCAAGAUCCCAACAUAGUUAACCACACCCAACAUUUUUCAAUUUAUUCCUUCCUCACUAUACACAAAAACGCUGUUCAUACCGGAUGAUGUGGGCAUGUAGGAACCGAAGAUUUUAGCCGGCAAUGCUAGCAAAGUUAAAGUCCAAUACUUUAACCCCUAGGGCAGUCGUUCCCAACCUCUUUCGAUAAUGUCGUCCAUUUUGGAUCUCUUUAUUUCUCUCUUACAAUACAUGAAAAUCGUAUCCAUGAUUUCUAGAUAUUUAAACGAUCAUAAGCUAGUGUUGUGAACAACUCGCGCUCCGGCAUUUGCACAAUUAAAGUGGUUAAUGCAGAAACGUUGAUAGGAAUUUUCAAACAGGGGAUUCUGAAAUUUCUAAUUCCAGGCACUUGGUUUAUGAUAUGUGCAUAAAUAUGUAUCACAAUAAAACUGAAUAACUAAACAAUAUUAUUAAAUCUACACUGAAUAGUGAAUACAAAGUAAUAU